CAAAAAUAAGCCUUGAAAGCUCAAACACCCUAUCCACAUUCAAGAAAAGGCCCUGCUUUUAUCGUUCGCGUGAUUGAUUGUGUGCAUUGCGACAACAGACGCUGCUCGAGGCCUCUGGAAAUGGCCAGCAUAUAUAUACUCUCAAAUUCCCAGCGAGCCUUGACGGCCAUGCCUCCUAUCCAGGAUCAAGCAGGUUGGGCCGGAAGAUGAUUUCUUCAAUUUGGAAGAAGAGCCACCUUGGCCAACACUUCACGCUGAGAUUAGCCGGGGCAGUGGGGCUCAUCAGUCUGUCCACACUCAACUAUGGUUUUGACAACCAAGGCAUAGCGACCAGCCAGGCGAUGGCAGCUUACAAGAAGCAAUUCGGAGUCUAUGAUCCGUCCAAAAAGACCUGGGCUAUCCCGACAUAUUGGACAUCCUUGUUGAACAGUUUGAACUUCAUCGGGUUUGCAAUCGGACUAUAUAUUGGGAGUGUCGUUAGUGCUCGAUAUGGCCGCCGCAUCUCGAUGUUCACCAUGUCAAUUUGGGCAAUCAUGUCUGCUACCGUACUCGUUACCUCCACUCGGAUCGAGCAAGUUCUUGCUGGCCGGAUCCUGAAUUAUGCCUAUGUGGGCAUGGAAUUGGCCACCUGUCCACCGUUCCAGGCUGAGAUAAUCCCAGCUCCAAUUCGAGGAUUUGCAGUAGGUACAUAUCAAGCCAGCUUACUGGUAGGGGGCAUCAUCAUCAACAGCAUUUGCCUUGGCACGAGCACUUUGACCAGUAAUGCUGCAUGGAGGAUCCCCCAGGGACUAUUUUAUGCCGUCCCCUCAAUCGUGGCAUCUUGUAUCUGGUUCAUUCCUGAGUCUCCUCGGUGGCUGCUCCUGAACGAUCGAGCGGACGAGGCAUUAGACUCACUACGGAAGCUGCGCAGCGCAAACCCCAACAGUCCCACGCCUGAAGAAGAGCUUGCAAUGUUACAGGCCUCCCUUGUUGAGGAACAGAAUCAGGGCACAUAUACGGAUCUUUUCCGAGGAAGCAAUCGGAAGCGCACCUUGAUCGCCAUCGGUACGAACUUCUUCAUCCAAGCAACGGGCUCGCCCUUUACGGCAGCAUAUGGAACGCUCUUUGUCCAAUCACUGAAUUCAAUCAAUCCAUUCGAAUUUUCACUCAUGAGCUCUUGCAUAAAUACCUUUGCAUGUGUGACCGCCAUCUACAUCACAGACAAAGUUGGACGGCGGCCGCUACUAAUGCUCGGCUCUGCAUUGCAGGUGGCUUGGCUGUUUAUAAUGGGCGGCGUUGGGACAGUAUCAGCGCCAACAGUGGCGCAGACCCAGGUUAUCGUUGCCGCUACUGCACUGUCAUCAGCUAGUCUCUGCUUUAGUUGGGACCCUUUGAACUAUAUCAUCACCACUGAACUUCCAGCAACUCGUUUACGUGAUAAGACGCAACGGGUGGCCUCCAUUGUCAACAUCGCCACUAAUUUUGUGUUUUCUUUCAGCACACCUUAUCUACUGGAUGCCCCUUACGCCAAUCUUCAUUCAAAGGUUGGAUUUGUCUUUGGUGCUCUUGCAUGUUGCUCUUUUAUUUUUGCAUAUCUUUGUGUACCGGAGAUGAAGGGCAGAUCUCUUGAAGAGAUCAACAGAAUGUUCCAGGCCAAAGUCCCCGUGCGAGACUUCAAGAGCUAUCCUAAGGGGGCCAAUGAAGACAUAGGUGAGGGGCAAAAAGGGACCGAUCUCAGCUGUCAGCCAGUAAGGCACACGUCGUUGCCUUGGGCAGUUGCUGCCUAAUUCCUCAGGCAACACGUCUUCCUCUGCAUAUCAGUCUUCAACAGAUUCACCUCCAUCAACCGGCGAAUCCUCUCACCAACGGAACUUUCCAUUACGCUCUAUCCGUUGAUAUUGCGCCUUCCAACAACGUCGGAUACAACAUCGGCUUCUUCGUUAUCUUAUAUUUGCUUAUUGCGGACCCCUUUAGUCCGAACCUCGCGUUAUUCCUUAUAUUUUCAUCUUAACUAUAAGUAUAGCAAUCCUUUAUAUAUAGACGGGAUAAUCAGAGACGAAUAAGGCUUACUAGUAGAGAAAGACCUAGAUAGCUUUAUAGUAUAGAGUAUAGUUACUUCCUUAGAGAAGGAGUAGGAGUAUCGAC